AUGUACAAUGACAACAUGUUGUUGCAAGUGGUACUCGUCUACCUCGUCGUCGAAGGCUACGGACUACACCACCACCAGCAGUCGGCACAAGCCGGAUACAGAGGCGUCGGCUUCGGUGGCUAUGCUGCUGCAGGGACACCUUACGGAAGAUACGAUGCCUCUCCACCUCAGCCGUACAGUUUCGGCUACGACAACGUGGACGAGUACGGCAACCGACAGUUCCACAGCGAGCAAGGUGACUCAAACAACGCCAAGACCGGCUCGUACGGCUACCGUGAUGCGAACGGCCUCUACCGGCGGGUGAACUACGUGGCCGACGCGAACGGCUUCCGGGCCACUGUGGACACCAACGAGCCGGGAACCGCCCCUGGUGCCAGCGCCGACGUGGUCUUCAACGCUGCGCCAGUCGUCCCUCCGGUCCCCUCAGCCGCUACACAGAUUGGUGCACCCGCAGCCUAUGCCGCUAGGGCAGCCGCACCGUACAACGCUGGUGGCUACAGCGGCUACGGCAGAUACGGAUACAACCCUUACGGAGGCGCUGCUGGAGUCUACGGAUACUCACCGUACGGGCGUCACGGUUACGUUGCCAGUGGCCCAGCACUUGGCGGAUACGCUUACGGCGGCCAAUCCCCGUACGGCUACGGUGCCGCCGGCUACGCGCCGGGUUACGCGCCGGGAACAUAUGGCGCCCCUUCGGGACACGGAAGUAGGCCUUCGGCUCAUCACGGAUACCGGCGCCGUCGUUAA